AUGGCCACCCCGGAGGAGGAGAUCUGGGCCAAGAGCAUGGCACUGCCCCCACCCCUGGCACCCAACAUCAGUGUGCCACACCGCUGUCUGCUGCUGCUGUACGAAGACAUUGGCACCUCUCGUGUCCGGUACUGGGACCUCUUGCUGCUCAUCCCCAACGUGCUCUUCUUCAUCUUCCUGCUCUGGAAGCUUCCGUUUGCUCGGGCCAAGAUUCGUGUCACCUCCAGCCCCAUUUUUAUCACCUUCUAUAUCCUGGUGUUCGUGGUGGCACUGGUGGGCAUCGCCCGGGCCGUGGUGUCCAUGACGGUCAGCACCUCAGAUGCUGCGACCGUUGCCGAUAAGAUCCUGUGGGAGAUUACCCGUUUCUUCCUGUUGGCCAUCGAGCUGAGUGUGGUCAUCCUGGGCCUUGCCUUUGGUCACCUGGAGAGCAAGUCGAGCAUCAAGCGGGUGCUGGCCAUCACCACAGUGCUGUCCCUGGCCUACUCUGUCACCCAGGGCACCCUGGAGAUCCUGUACCCCGAUGCCCACCUCUCGGCUGAGGACUUCAACAUCUACGGGCACGGGGGCCGACAGUUCUGGCUGGUCAGCUCCUGCUUCUUCUUCCUGGUCUACUCCCUGGUGGUCGUGCUCCCCAAGACCCCGCUGAAGGAGCGCAUCUCGCUGCCCUCGCGGAGGAGCUUCUACGUGUACGCGGGCAUCCUGGCGCUGCUCAACCUGCUGCAGGGGCUGGGGAGCGCGCUGCUGUGCGCGGACAUCAUCGAGGGGCUCUGCUGCGUGGACGCCACCACCUUCCUCUACUUCAGCUUCUUCGCUCCCCUCAUCUACGUGGCCUUCCUGCGGGGCUUCUUCGGCUCAGAGCCCAAGAUCCUCUUCUCCUACAAAUGCCAAGUGGACGAGGCCGAGGAACCGGACAUGCACCUGCCCCAGCCCUAUGCGGUGGCCCGGCGGGAGGGCCUGGAGGCGGCAGGGGCUGCCAGCACGCAGUUCGACUCGGCCAGUGGGGUGGCCUACCUGGAUGACGUGGCUUCCAUGCCCUGCCACGCAGGCAGCAUCAACAGCACAGACAGCGAGCGCUGGAAGGCCAUCAAUGCCUAGUGUUCAGCCCUGGCCAGAGGGCCUGCGGGCACCGGUGGAGAGAAGCCAGAGGGGAGGUGGGGAGCAGAGCCCCCCGCACAGGUGGGCAAGGGGACAGGACUGUGUGUGGGGAACAGUCCUGUCCUGCCCUCGGUCCCCCACUUGCUGUCUUCCAUCUCUGCUCUAGCUGGGGCCUCCCCUCCACCCACCUGCCCUCACCCUGCUUGGCCACUUGGCCCCGACUUUGAUGUUCUAGGGCCGGGCCUGGCCGGGCUGGCCAAGGGCUCCCCCCAGCUCCCUGCAGCCUGGGCUUCCAGUACUGUCUGGCCCUCCUCAUCUUCCCCUGCUUCCCAAAGCCCACUCUGGUGGAUGGGCUUAAGUGUGUAUAUUUUCGUGAUCUAUUUUCUAAUAAAAAGGAAAAGGAGAAGGCA